UGCGCACUGGCAGCCUAGCCGGUAUGACAGCUCCAUCCCGGUGGAACUCUUAGCUCCGCGGCUACUGCCGGCUUUUGAAUGGUGCUGCGGUUGGAAGCCCAGGCUGAACGGGGAUGCGAGGAUUAAAGGAAUAGUCGGCGGUCACUAAGCAGAAGAAACCCCAGAGAAACGUUGCCUGCGCUGAAGAAGAGGUCAGUGGCAACUUGAGUGAGAGAGCAGAUAAACCAUGGACCAUCAGAGGCAGAGGACUCUGUCCACAUCCGGCGAGUCUCUGUACGUUGUUCUUGGAGUCGACAAGAACGCCACGACAGAAGACAUCAAGAAAUGCUACAGGAAACUGGCGUUAAAGUUUCACCCCGACAAAAACCCGGACAACCCAGAUGCAGCGGAGAAGUUCAAAGAAAUCAACAACGCCCACUCCAUCUUGGUCGACCCCACAAAGAAGAACAUCUACGACAAAUACGGCUCUCUGGGGCUUUACGUGGCGGAACAGUUCGGAGAGGAGAAUGUCAACACUUACUUUGUCUUGUCAAGCUGGUGGGCAAAGGCCUUGUUUGCCUUCUGCUGCCUGGCAACAGGCUGCUACUGCUGCUGCUGCCUGUGCUGCUGCUGCAACUGCUGCUGCGGCAAAUGUAAACCUCGGCCCCCGAUGGACCAGGAGCCAGACUUCUACGUGUCUCCUGAGGACCUGGAGGCGCAGAUGACCGCCGAGGAGAAAGACGGCAGUGAUCCGAUCGUCAUGCAGCCGUCAUCGGCCACAGAGACCACCCAGCUCACCUCUGACGCUCACCACAGUUACAAGACUGACUCCUAUUGAACACACAAACACACAGCUCGCAGCUACUAGGGCUCGGUGGUAGACCCACCUGUACAAUCCCAACAAUAGUUGUUUUUUUAAUCAGGAUGCAAACGGAGUCUUUCUACGUCUGCAUGUGUCAAAUAGUAGGUUUUUGUGUCUGUGAGACCACCCCGUCUGUCAGCCGCCAUCCUCUCUUAACUGCUGCUUAGAGCGAGCUCUGUGAGCAGCAGCAUGUUUGAGCCUCUGAGCGCGCUCCAGCUCAACAGGAGCGCCGCCGUCUGACAAAAGCUGUUGGAGGGAUUCAGCUGUAUCAGCUGUGCAGAAAUAUGCAAAAACCACUGAAACCUUCAAUGGCCAUUGGACGGUCUGCUUUGGGGAUCAACCCUUUGAUUCAGAAGCCACAGAUGAUUUUAUCACCCAGCCCUAACGCUGCUCCAUCAGCCAAAACACACCUAUUGCAUCUUGAAUUCUUCUGCUCCUACUUUGUAAUGCGUCUGUCUGUUCCUCUUCUCUCUUCUGAAGAUGACGCAUGAAGACAUCAGACACUUUUUCCUCCCAUUUCAUUUAAGUUUAAUAAAGGGAAGAAAUGGGUGGAGCCUGCUGAGAGAUCCAGGCUUUAAGCAUGGACGACUGCAAACCAACCUGCUCCAAGUAUUGAUUUGGAUUCCUUGUAUGACAGAAGACACACCAGCUUUGAUCGUUUUUAAACAGCAGUAGAUGGUAAAACAUGAACAUUUCUGCAACUAGAUGUUGAUGACGUUCAAUGAGAUUGUAAUGGCGAUGAACGGGUUCUGCUCUAGUCCGCCUGAGCAGAAACGAUGGUUCCAGUCCUUUUGGCUCUUUUACCGACUCUGAACUUCAGUCCACGCUGGUUACAGAGGAACCUGAACGGACUUUGAGCUUUUUAGGACUAAAGAGGAUGCUGGUGGUGGAUGUGUGUCUGCCUGGACGGAUGUUGAGGCUUGUUUGUUUUUAACUAUGCAGGAGCGUCCAAACUCUGGCCCGAGGGCCAACGGCGGCCUUACGUCCAUUUGGAAUUGGCCCUCAAGAAACUCUAUUUAUGGUUUUCAGAGCUCACAUUUUCGCAUUUUAAUCAUUUUUUUUUAAAUUGUCAGAUGACUGGACCAGCUAAACUUUAUAUGUUUAUGGUCCCGCCCAUUUGCCCAUAUUUGGAGUGAUUGGGGGCGGAGUACGCUCAACACUUUGUUAACUAUCCCAGCUGUCUUCUGUCUGCAGGAGUCCGGAAGAGUUCAAAAAGCAGACAAAUGUCUGAGUGUCAGUCCGACAUCACCCCUCUCUUCUCUGUUUUAGUUCUACAGACCAGAAAAAAGAUGUAAAUGUUGUUGAAAGUGUACGUUUAGAUGUAUUUGUUUCCAAUUUAGAUUUGAUUUGUUUCCCUUUUAUCUGUUCUUAGAUCAUUUUUGUUUGUAAUGAUUAAUGUUGUUAAUAAAUCAAUCUGAUUACGUUGUUGAUAUCCAAAGUCUUAUUCGUUGACGAAACGCACUUCCAAAGCAUUUAACGCUGAAAGAGACCCAGUUUGAGGUUUCUUUCCACUAAAAUUCGUCUCUUUGGUGUUUCUCUGAUAGUUUCUCUUGAGUGGCACCACUUUCAGGGAAAGCCACUUUCAUUUCAGGAUAGUUUUGUUGCAUCUGCAUCAACGAGUAUCCCUGUGCCCAGAAAGAUUUCAGAGCGCUUGGGUGAACAUGGACUCCCAACAAACAGAAAUACUGUGUGAGUAGACUCCUGCCUGUGAAGGAAAUGAAGCAUUCUUUUAUCCAUUUUUUUCUUCUAUUUCAAAUAUUUAAGUGAAGUCCUAGCUGGAAUGUUGGGGGGGUUGUGUAGAAAGUCAAUGUGAACUGUUGGACAGUGAUGUAAAUACACUCCGUGUGAAGGGUAGAGACGUGCAGGUUCUCUGGUUUUAGCAUGACCCCAUAAUGUUCCAUGUAAAUGAUGUGCGGUUGUAAAAUAAAUGUUUCUGAAGCUUCAGA